UUGGAAUUUUCGUAUUUUAAGAUAAAAUCAAUGUUAAAAAUCACAUGGUUUACCGUAAUUAUGAAAAUCCGAUUGAAAAGUCUAUAUAACGUGUAACAGUUCUAAUGCCACGGUAGCUGAUUGUACAGAAAAAGUGUAAAAACUAUUACCUCCGAAAUUCGUUAACUAAACUAUAUAUAUAUAUAUAUAUAUGUAUAUACAUAUAUAGAGAGAGAGAUAUAUAUAUAUAUAUAUAUAUAUAUGUAUAUAUAAAUAUAUUUUAAUAAAGUGAAACUCGAGCUCUUGGAAAUUUGGAGAAUUAAAAGAAAUGGAAAACAUUAAAACGGAGAGUAUUACAGAUGGAAAUGAAUCCAAGGCUGAACAAGGUAGCAUCAAAGAAAAAAGUGAAAACACCUUGAUAGACAUUACUACUCUAGACUUUAAAUCUCGGCUUUGUUUGAAAACAACUGAAACGUAUGGAGAAGCAACGCAUACAAAUGGAAUAUCUCGAGUGAAUGGUAUUUGUAAUUCACCUGAAAGAACUGCCAGUACCACUAAUCUUCCAGAAUCUCAAAGUAUGGAAACUAGUCGCUUAAACCAACACGGUAAAACUGAUACGUUGCCUCUGGGAAAGAAGGAUGACAACAUCCAGUAUGUUAGUUACACGAGCGAAUUACAAAUGCCUGACAUAAUGAAAUUAAUACAAAAGGACCUAAGCGAACCCUACUCUAUUUACACGUACAGAUAUUUUAUCCAUAACUGGCCAAAAUUAUGCUUCCUGGCGAUGCACGGAGACGAGUGUGUUGGUGCCAUUGUCUGCAAGCUGGACAUCCACAGAAAGGUGAUAAAACGUGGAUAUAUUGCAAUGUUAGCGGUCGAUGUAAAAUAUCGAAAACGGAAGAUUGGCUCGAAUCUGGUAAGAAGGGCGAUCCAAGCAAUGGUGGAAGACAAUGCUGACGAAGUAGUAUUGGAAACGGAAAUUACUAAUCGACCAGCAUUACGUUUGUACGAAAAUCUUGGUUUCGUGCGCGAUAAGCGAUUAUUUCGGUAUUACUUGAACGGUGUAGAUGCCCUUCGAUUGAAACUAUGGCUCAGAUGAAAUUCAGAGAAGGCAAAUCGAGGAAAUUUGAAAUAAUUGUAACGUCAAAAAAAAAAAAAAGAAAAGGGAAGAAGAUGAAAAUGAAAUAUUCGACGUUAAUGCCAAAGGGAGUGUCCGUUGUAUGCGCACAAAACAUGAACUUUUUAAAGAAAAUUAAUAGUACAAGUAACUUGUACUGAUGUUAAACAAUUAAUUUAUCUUACAUCAUCGAUAUCCAUUAGCAAUAUCAAUAUAAAUAUGAAUGAAAAGGUUGUCAAGGCAUAAUUUGUGAUUUCAAUAGUUAGCUGGUUAAUUGUUCUAUUUAAUGUAUUUACGUAGAUAUUUCGUCUGGCAUUAACGUGUACCGGGGAAUAAAAUAAAAGUAUAAGUACAGUUUAAAAAUAUAAGAGGGAAAAUUGAUGAAAGUGAGAAAAGUAUGUUUCGUGGCUGUUGGGCAAUGAAACGCGAAAUAAUCUGAUAGAAAGCUCGAAGAAAGGAAAUUAUCGCGACUUAGUAUAUUUACAAUUUGAAGAAUAGGUUUGUUGAUAACCUACCGAUUGGAUAGAUUUGUUGAUAAAAAUGUAUUAAAGUUUUAAAAAAACAGGCGCGAUAAUUAACUUGGACAUAGUAUUAAAGGUAUGCGCAUGCGCAUACGCAUAAUGAAAUACAACCGGAUUAUUCUGUUCGAAAUGUACGAUACCUUAUUCGAGAUGAAAUAUCGAACAAGUUACAUGAAAUACUGUAUAAGAUAGUAAGUGAACGCAUAGUACAUACAAGGAUAAAAGGUGCAUAACGAGAAGGGAGAACGGGAAGGAAGAGAAAGCGAAAGCGAAAGCGAAAAUAAAGAAAGAUGGUAAAUUUGGUACAGUUUGGUAAAUUAAAAUAAAGAUUUCGUACUUUCGAAAGAAAGUGCAGCUUUUGUCGGAUUCAUUCAGUUAUCUAUCAUGCUACUACAUACACGUAUUCUUUGUAUAAAAUAAAUUCGAAUGGCGAAUUAUGAUGUAACUAUUAAAAAGUGUAAAAAUGUUAAUAAAAAUACGUAAAUGUU